AUGAAAGAUGUGUUUAAGCGAUGGCGCGACGAGCGGCGGGCCGAGCUAGCGGCGCUGCCUGCGCCAGUGCCCGGGGUUGACGACGCGACGACGUGGGCCCGGAUCCGGCUGCGGACUGCCGUUGGCAAUGUCAAGGCCGCUGGGUCUGCGCUUCUAAAGGCGGUGCGGGCGACUGCGGCAGAGCCUACACGGCCCGAGCUGUGGCAUGGUGAGGAUGCGGCCGCAAGCAAGAUGGCCAUCGCGCUACAGACGCUCUGCGACGAUGCCGAGGCCCGUGCCGAGCUGGCGCGGAUUGCGCAGCUUUGCACAGAUGUGCUACAUGCGGGACCAGCUGUCUACGCACCUCAGCCAGCGGUGAGUGAUGGCGGCGGCGAGGGGGCCAGCAGCAGCACGCCGGUUUGGACGCCAUGCCCGCCGCUGCCGACCGACGGCGAGGUGUGGGAGGCAGCAGUCGAGGCAGCAGGCGUGGCAGUGACGUCAACGGAGCGAGCAUACGCGCGGCGACUGAUGGCAGACCUGCCGCCGUGCCCGGGAACAAUGUCGGGCAUGCAGGCGCAGGUUGCACUGCUGCGGAUGCGGCUGGCGUCAAUGCAUGAGCUGCUGCUGCACUCGUAUCAAGCGCGCAGCUACACUGCUGCCGCGCGGCAAGGUGCAGACCAGCCGGUGCAGCCAGGGGCUAGGAUCAGCCCAGCUCCUCAAAGUGAUGGCGUGCCGCCGCGCCAGAGUCGCGAGUUUGGGACCGAUCUGGCGCGAGCGCAUCAUGUGCUCCAGGUUUCGCACGCACACGCAGUCGAGGAGAUCCACGCGCUCAAAGUGCGAAACCUCGACCUCGAGUCAGCCAACUACAUGCUGCGCGGGGAAGUCCAGCGGCUGGCCGCACUGUGCGGCGAGCCUGCUGCGGACGGAUGGAUGGCUGGCGGUGACGGUGGCGGCGCGAGUGGGAGGUGGAACGUCGAUCACGGCAGGCUGCUAACAACGCUAGACGUGAUGGCAGCGGCGGUGGAGGAGCUGUGA